AUGAUUCCUGCUAUUCAGGAUUCUGAUGCUUUGGUUUCUGCAGCUCUAGGAAACGGAGAUUCUUUUACUAAAACAAUAACUUCUCUGUCUGAGAUUGUCGUACCAUCUGAGCAAAGCAUACAGAAAAGUGACAUUGAAGUGAAAGUCCAAGCUGACAAUGCUAUAGAAGUGAACCCCAAUUCUGAUUCUAAACACGCACGUUCAUUCACUGAUUCAAAGCCACCAGAUGAAAAUCCAGAUCCUAUCCCUAAAGAUGCAGUUAGACCAGCAGAAGAAAUUAACAUCAAUGGACAUCCUACGGAAAUCAAUAACAGCAAUACUCACCUUGAAUCAAUGAGCAGCAGCCGUGCUGAUGUUCCUGAUGGGACUCCUGAACCUCCAGCUAACUCUUCCGUCUCCCUUCCUUCCACUCAAAUCACCGACAACAAUGCCAGCGAACCUCUGGACGAAAAAACAAAGAAAUCAAUGGAGCGUGCUGGGUCCGGCGGCAAGCGCACCGCCAAGAAGGUUGUCAGGCAAAAGCGAUGGAAGUGUUGAUGAAACUAAACUUUACUCAAAGCUCAAAUCCCGUUGAUCUAUUUCCAUUGGCUUAAAAUCUUGUGCAAAAAUUUUUCUCAACUCAUGUGGUUACCUGGGAAGACAUUUUUAGAUUUUUUUCAGAAUCUGUAGGCAUUAAAUUUAUGUCUAUGUUAGAAAUUAUUACACCUUUCCCUCCACUAAUGACUUGGCUUUCAUAACCAUAAUUUUGCUUAGAUUGUUGGCUUAUACAGACUUUUGUUUGCCUGCUAGUGCUAGAAUAUAUGUGAUAAGGACGACAUUUGAUCGUUAAGUUUUGGAGUUUGCCUCAGAAAUAAAGGUCACGUGUUAUGUCAAAGUUGUCAAAUUUGCAUGUUUGCAUUUAAUAUUUUGUUGGUCAAGAUUUUAUGUGAAGAAUAGUACUUGCGUACAGCAGUUUCUUGCCCUUUCGUU